AUGUAUCAUCAAGACGACUUCAAAACGACUGCACGAGGCUUCUUUACUGUACUAUGGAAUGGGGCUGAGGUUGCCCUGAUUGCCGCAUCGGCGACCAAGGCGAUCAAGACAAUCUCCAAGAACAUUCCGAUGGCUCUGCGAGAGCCGUAUGUAUCUACAGGAGAUGGAACACUGUUGUCGGACUUGGGGGACAAAGUGGACGCUCCCACUGUUGUCGCUCCACCGCCAUAUGGAUUUGACAAAAGGAAUUUCUGUUUGUGUUGCAACGACAUGAAUCUUACGACUGGCGCAUAUACCACGUACAACUACGGUACUAGAGACCUCUGUGAUAUUCUGAGUUGGACAAUUGGCGAUGAUGGAACCGGACAAAUUGCGCACUGCGUGAACGACCAAGCAUAUCAAAAGGCUCAAACCUUUGCAGACGGCUGCCACGGUCAAGGAGCUGAUGGAUCAUUUUGUUGUCCCGAACUGGUGGAGGGUAAAGAGAAAGAUGCCCCGCCUUGCAUCAUAAGAUUUGGUAAUGUCACUACGACAAACGGCAAACUUGCCAUUUGA